GAAAAAGACUUUGUUCAGCCAAAACAGGUGCUUUCUUUCGUUUCGACCAGCAACGUUGGGAAUCACGCCAAGGGUGAAAAUGGCGUUCGCCGUGCCGCAAGCAUGGCUCGGUGUUUCUCGUGCAGUGCGUUUUCCCCGGUCGUCGUGUGGUUUAAUUUUGUUGAAUUCAGCCUUGCGGCACAUCUGCUCCGUCCACUUGCUCAGGAACGGCAAUGUAAAUACUUCCCUAUUUCGUAGUUCUUUCGGCGCCAGGUGCUACAGCUCGCCGUCGCAGCGCAAAGGUUUCUUCGGACAGGUGUUCGAGAACAUAAAGCAAGAGAUGGUGCAAAACAAGGAAAUGAAGGAAAGCCUAAAGAAGUUUCGCGAGGAAGCCGCGAAACUUGAGCAGUCGGAGGCUUUGCGGAAAGCCAGGAUGAAGUACGAGAACAUCGAAGCGGAGACGGCGAAAGGCUCGCAGCAGAUCAUGGAGCAGCUCGAGUCGCUCAAGGAAAAGAUUAAGGAAGGCAUCGAGGAGGCCCAGAAGAGUGAGAUCGGCAAGAAGAGCCGCGAGCUGACCGAAGAGCUCGCCAGGUCUGCCAAGACGGCGGCCGAAACGUUAGCGAAGCAGGGUGAUCAGCUCGGCAAGUCGGGCGCCUUCCAGGCGGUGUCGUCGGGCAUCAAAGCCGUCAAGACGGAGAUCGACGAAGCGGCGGCGGCCGGUGCUCGCGUCUACAGGGCUCCCAAGGCGCUGCGUAAGCGCUCCGAGCUCGGCUCGGGUCAGGCAGACGCCCGAGUCGUGGCGCCCAACGAGGAAGCGACAGGUGUGGAACUUCACCGCGACUCGCGCUGGUACCAGAGCUGGCAGAACUUCCGCGACAACAACCCGUACGUGCACAAGUUCUUCGACUUGAAGACGCGCUACGACGAAAGCGACAAUCCUCUGGUUCGCGCCUCGCGCUCGCUCACGGACAAGGUUACCGACAUCUUCGGCGGCCUCUUCCAGAAAACCGAGCUCUCGGAGGUGCUUACCGAGAUCUGCAAAAUCGACCCUAGCUUCGACAAGAAUGAGUUCCUGCGCAUGUGCGAGACAGACAUUAUCCCCAACCUGCUCGAGGCCAUGGUUCGCGGCGACCUCGAGAUUCUGCGCGACUGGUGCCACGACGCGCCGUUCAACGUGAUCAGCACGCCCAUAAAGCAGGCCAUCCAACUGGGAUACCGCUACGACUCCAAAGUGCUUGAUGUGAUGAACGUCGAUCUAGCCAUGGGCAAGAUCAUGGAGCAAGGGCCCGUACUCAUUGUCACUUUUCAGUCACAGCAGAUCAACGUGGUACGCAACAGCAAAGGUGAAGUUGUCGAAGGUGACCCGGAGAAAAUUUUGCGCAUACAUCAUGUCUGGGUGCUCUGCCGAGAUCAGAACGAGCUCGAUCCCAAGGCUGCCUGGAAGUUGAUGGACUUGUCGGCCGCCUCGUCGGCGCAGUGGCUUUGAGUAGUGCUUACACGUAGCGCACUUUUGUUUUUUUUAGUUAGGACUCAUUACAAUUUAGAUAGUAUAGAUGCGUGUACAGUGCUUGCUGCUCUAAAUAAUACCACUAUCUUGGCCGCUCGCAAGGCAUGUGAGAGCCAGAACACACCACAAUCAUGCUCCAUCCCUCAUUUCAUGAUGGAUUGUUACGAAUUUCAUGCCAGAGGUUUAUAGAUAUGUCAAUUUGUGUUCAGAGAAUAGUUAUAUACUCACCAAAGCAUUAAAAGAUAAUGUUGGAACAUUUAGAUCAAUUUUCUACUUUUUUUACAGUUCAAACAUCUUGUUAUUGCAUAAAAUGCAUGCCUUCUUUUAUUGUGCUGCUGAUUCAUGUUAAGGAUAAACUGAGUCUUAUAGUCAUGCAUAUUUAAAUAUUAAUUAAUAAAUUUAAUACUAUCAACAAAAAGAAGCUGCAGCAAGCAUCCCAUGUGUGAUGUGAUGCUGAGCAUAAUUUCAUCAGUGUCAAAUUUUUGUCCAGAAUUUGGCAAUACAUUGUUACACACACCUUGUUAUUGUCCACUCCCUGUUUGUUCCAUAUUAAAGUGUUAAUUGAAAGAUUAAGCCUCAAAUAAGAAAAUUUUUGUCAGCACAGUUAUUGUUGCCAAAAAUUUAUUCCUUUGAAUGCAAAGGUUUUCUUACCACUCAUUAUUAUCGCCCAUUUUUUGCUUUAAGCCACGUUUAUUAUGAAUGUGACUGUCAUGCCAGAUAUGUCUGUUACCUUGAAACACUGUGUAGCUGUAUCUGCGAAUGCAGUAUAAAUAUGACAAGUUGAAUUCAGUAGCUUUAACUGAAGGGCUAGUUCAUAGCGAUAGCAAGGUAUACAGACACACUGAAAUUCCUCUGACAGUGUUCGAACAAGAUGUGGGUGAGACAAAUUGGCACGUCACAUUAUACGAAACAGAAAUAGCAGGCAUGACAUCACAAUAUCGACAUGGAAAAGAGCGAUGUCACUGGUAUAGUAGACAUCCCACUCUUGUGACGCAUAAAAUGUUACCGAUGCAAACUAUCAGCAUCUGUAGCUCGAUGUGUACUCUCCGUUUCUGCUCGAACCACUGUUUGGGUUUAGGUCCUUUUUGGCAGCAAAUACAAGUAUAGGAAUCGCAGAGUACUAUGCUGGAUCUCCUGCAGGGCUAAACAAGACGGGGGUCUGUCUGUUGGCUUGAUACUUUCUUGUGGCCAAGUGAUGCGCACUUCUCGUGGUACUAAAUGUCUAACUGCUCUUCAUGCAUUGACGGGGCUACAAUGCAACUGAUUGCUUGUUGAAUCACUGUCACAGUGACUAAACUCUUUUCCAGAAGUUCCGUACAGCAUUGUGGAAGCUACAGGCUUUCUCAACCAAUAAGGAGGGCGAGCACAUCUAAGUGUAUCCUUCCGAGCUCUGUCAUCUGCUAGCGAUGUGCGCUGCAGCAAAAGCGGCAAGAGCGUCUCGGGACACUGUGCAACUGCACAGUGAGAUGAGCUGUAAUUGUGAAAGUGGUUAAAUAUUCUCCUCGGCACCGUAAAAGUCCGCGUCUUCGAGAUACUUGCACGUAGACAUUUGAGGGAUAGGGUUCAGUGGCUCAUGUUUCGGUGGAAAGCGCCGCACUAGCCAAAUUCAUUAUGAAAGCAUUACCCUUCGUCAGAUUUCAUGUAUGCAUGCCCAUAGCGAAGUGCCGCUCCCGUUCGAUACGAAAUGAUGGUUCUAUUCCCGGUGCCUCGCCGUGCUUAUUGUGCUCCACUACCCACUUGUACAGCGCAGGCUCGCUGACGUUGGUGAACGCAGCCGUUCGCUUAAUAAGAGAGCUCAUGCUUGCAUUUAUGCCGCCCUCCUUACGCAGUGUCCCAAACACAUUUAGAGCCAACUGCUUCGCUCCCUUGUCGUAAAAGCUGAUCCGGGAACGAUACCGCACAGGCGAACCAGGCGCCUCUAUUUUGACAGGAGUAACCGAAUCUGCCACCGCGGACUAGUCACAACCCAAGACUGGGUUCCUCACAGGGCUGUGGACGCUCGGGCUGUGCGGACUACUCAUAAAAGUUUAGACAGUGUGGUACCAUUCCUGCGUACUUUAUAAG